UAACCAAAAAAGUGAUUUAAAGCGUUGCAAUCGCGAGCAGCAACUUUAGUAACACAGCAGCAAUAAGUGCGCGUUGAGCAACAACGGUAACGCGCUACAUAAUCUUAACGUAAAUACUUUCACUGAAAAUUCAUCAGCAAAUAACAUAUUUCCCUUUCCGCAACAACGACAAUACCAUGGAACGUUGGGUGGAUAAAGUAGCUGUAGUCACGGGUGCCAGCUCUGGCAUUGGCUGGGCUAUCGCACAAGAUCUCCUCAAAUCGGGUAUGAUUGUGAUUGGUUUGGCGCGUCGCUUACAACAAAUGGAAGAUCUCAAGGAGCAGUUAGACGAGUCCAUACGUGAACGUUUCUAUCCGCGUUCUUGUGACUUGACUGUUCUACCUUCGGUGAAGAGUAAUUUUCAUUGGGUCGAACAACGUUUUCAUCGCCUACAUGUACUAGUCAACAAUGCUGGUAUGGUGGAGAUGACUAAAGUGCUAGAGGAGGGUAAUGAGGCCAUAUUACAACGUGUGAUUGAUGUAAAUCUCAUGGGCACAGUGAAUUGUACUAAACAAGCAUAUAGACUGAUGCAGGCGACCAUGGCGCUGGGGGAAGCAUGCCAUAUAGUGACUGUGAAUAGCUUGUUGGGUCAUACGGUGCCGCAACAUAUACCCGAAUGUGGUUUGAAUUUGUAUCCGGUAGCGAAGCAUGCAUUGUGUACACUCGAUGAGGUGCUGAGGCGAGAGCUAUUUCCGCACAAGCUGAUGCGUUUGUCGUCAAUAAGUCCCGGUCUAACACGCACAGAUUUUGGAGGUGCACCAUCUGAAGAUGAAAAAAAGAAAUGGGAGGAAUUGAUAGAGCCUGAUGAAAUAUUAUUACCCGAAGAUGUUGCACGCGGUGUAAACUUUAUACUCUCUUCUCCACCACAUGUGACCAUUGCGAAUUUAUUGAUGGUGCCAGCACGUGAGAAGUAUUGAAAGCACUUGAAAGAGAUGGAAAUCUGUUUUUUAUGAUACACAAAUAUUUAGUCUGACUAAUUGAUAAGAUAACUAAAAAUAUAAAAAGA